UAAUUCUACGACCAAUCGGCGCGAAUUCGCGGUUAGGAGACGGGGUGGGCUAUAAAGUCACCCCAUGACUAGUAGACUACUAGUCUUACGACAAUGGUUUAAAUAUCCUAGCAUUUAUCUACCUAGGGAGGGGCUCGUCUCUAGUUCGUCUCCAUGCAAGAAUGCUCCAGAUCGGUUUCUUAUUUAGUUGUUGACAAUAUGGAGUUUGGAGUCUGGUGUUGGUGAUGAAAUGGAUAUCUAAAGACUGAAGCGUUUAGGUAUAUCCUUAUGUUUAACACUUCCAUAACUUCGCUCAACUAGCUAUGCUUUUUCGAGUCUAUAAUACCAUAUAAAUUCAUCUCUUAUACACAUGCUCGUCCCCGCGGUUUAAGAUACUUGAACCAAUAUUAUUUCUAUAACUGCAUAUAUUACGUUACAAGCCUAUUAGUAUUAUAUGCUAGUAAAGAAUACGUUAAUCUUAUCUACCUGUCAAUAAGCAUCUAACCUAGUUCCUAGUUAGUGUAUUCUAUCUUAUCGAACCCCAUUAAAGCAACCCACCGCAACCUGUUCAUCCCUUCAUCCCACAUACACCGGCCGAAUUGGCCCUCAACACCACAAAAACAAAAACAACCCAGCAAAAAGCGAACUCCUAUCCCAGCUCACCGAUCGGACCUCCGCCCCCGCCGUCACGAUGCAGGGCUUCAACAUGGGGCGGUACGUGCCUCCCGACGUCGAAGGGACCACGACCGGCAACAAGCUGCACAAGAAGCGCCCCCCAGGAUUCUCCGGCGGACAGCAGACGGUGCGCUUCGAGAUGCCCUUCGCGAUAUGGUGCGCGCACUGCCCCCAACCCACCCUCAUCGCCCAAGGCGUGCGCUUCAACGCCGCCAAGCGCAAAGUCGGAUCCUACCACAGCACCCCCAUCUUCGCCUUCCGCAUCACGCACACCGCCUGCAGCGGCGCCAUCGAGAUCCGCACCGACCCCCAACACACAACGUACACCGUGACCGAGGGCGCGCGCCGGCGGGACACGGGGUCGCCCGAUCCCUUAUCGUUAUCCUCCGGGCCCAUCCUAACGGACAAGGAGCGCGAGAGCCUGCGCGCGAACGCGUUUGCGAAGCUGGAGAAGACGAUCGCGGACCGCAAGGUCCUGGAAGACGCCAAGGAGCGCAUCGACGAGCUGGAGAUGGAGAGCGCGCGCCGUUGGGAGGACCCGUACGAGCAGAAUCGGCGGUUGCGCGCCGCGUUCCGGGUUGGGCGGAAGGAGCGCGAGCGGGAUGCCGCGACGGCGGAGAAUUUGCGCGAGAGGAUGAGCUUAGGGAUCGAGCUGCUGGCCGCGAGCGACGAGGACGCGAGGAGGGCUGCGCUGGUGGAUUUUGGGCCGUCGUCGUCGGAUGCCGCGGGCGCCGAGAUGGGGCGCAAAGCGCUUGCGAAACCGUUGUUCCCGACGAGUUCGGGGAGUGGCAGUAGCGCGGAUGCGAAGGAUGAUAAGAGGAAGAAAACGAAAAGCAACAAGUUGAAAUCCGAAGUGGCUGCUGCUCAGAUGAGGGAUAGCUUGGUAUCCGAGAUCGUUGGCAACACGCGGGUGGCUCAGGACCCGUUCUUGUCGCUGGAUCGUAGCAAUGGGGAUAAUAAUAAAGGUUCCUCCAGGAUUGCUGGGAUUAAGAGAAAGAGGCGAGAGCCGGAGCCGGAGCCGGAGCCGGAGUCUGAAGACCAUGAUGAGCCUAGAUCGUCAGAAAAGAGAGGGACGGCUGAUACGGAACGAGAAGGGAAAGGCGCGGUAUCAUUAACGUCGUUAGUCGAGUACGAUUCGGAUUAAGAUAUCACUACACUAGAAUGGCGUCUUGGGGGAAAUGGGGUGUCUGGUUUUGGUCAUUAAAGGGAUACCCGGGUUAGGUCAUGGGAUAUAGCAUAUUAGGGGAGUCACGGAGGUAUAAAGCAAGAUGAGACUAAGCGCAUAGCACGGGUUUAGUCGUGUUGAUUGAAAUUUAUCAUUGAUACCCUUGUUCUAUAAUGAUCAUGAAAGCAAUCAAGAGUGUCCACCUCCAACGAUUUGGUGCGAAAAUAGCAAGCUGAUCAAGAACAGUAUCGGAGGAGGUCCAGUGAAAUAUCAAUGCUAGCUAUUGAGAACGAUUGCAAUUCCAGCAGUCGGCUCAAUUCCGUAUGCAAAUUACGCGUAAAAA